UAUUGGACAAAAUUGGGAACUGGGAAACUUUUCUAACCUAAGCUUAAAGGUUAGAUCAGCUGUUGUUACUGGCCGAGCAGUGUGUGUCGGGACGACGAGGUUGUUCUUGUGCCUAUGUCGUCGCUAGUCGCGUAUUCGUUUUAUGAAAAUUUCUCAUUAUCCUCAUUAUUAUCAUCAUUGUCAUUAAAAAUAGUAAUAAAAAGUGAUAAUAAAAUAUCGCGGAUCGCUCGAGAUCACGCGCGAUAUUAUUUCACAUCCUGAGGAACCGUGCGCGCGCGACUUCUCGUUCCUCCGGGAGUCCAGUGGCAAGGACUCCAACGGAUACGAACGGCGAAGGUGCGCGACGAGGUCAUCGUCGUUGUCGUCAACAACGUCGUCGUCGUCGUCGUCGACGAACAACCACCAAAGAAACACACAGGUAACAAUAGUGUCGCGCCAUGUUAGCUUUGACAAAUUCUCCAAUAAUUAUCAAGUGAACAUUGUCCAGCACUAAAUAGUGUCGUGUUAAAAUUCCAACAUUGUUAGACAAAAUUUCGUAAAUAAAUAAAUAAUUAAAAAAUUAACAAAAGUUCUAAAUAAAAAAAAAAGCAGUGAUCCAAAUCCUGUAAAAAUCUAAACUGGCAAGUGAUCUUUUUAAAAAUCAUCCAAGCUGGAUAAACUACCCGAGUAUCUCCGCGAUACCGUGGACUGGUUUAUGGGGUUAAUUCCCUCACUUGUGUCUCUCCUUCAAUGUUCGCUUGAGAGGGUGUGAUAAUAUUUUUCGAAAAUCAAAAAUUGGACUGAUGACCCUAAUAGACGAUUUCUGAUAUUCCUUUGAGAAUGUUUUUGAAAUGAUAAAGUUUUGCGCAUGAACGGAAUUAUAACUGAAAGAAAGGAGUCAAUGUCGCUAGAAGGAGGCUUACCCUAAUAAGCGAUCACGGCGAGCAUAACAAACGCGAUCUCUGGGAUGCUAAGGUCCCCAGCACGUGGGGGCCUGGCAAUCCUGGAAUCAUCGUCUUCUACAACCAACUCGGCACCGUCAACGCCCAUUCAUAACUCCACAACCAGUUCCUCAAGCACCGCCUCGCGUCUCUCACUACUCGACUCCUGCCACAGGAAGAUCCGCUUCUUCGGUGAAUUGGUCGCAAAAGCCAGACGAAAGGAUAAGGAUGCGGGAACUACUGAGGAUCCAAAAUUAUACUUGGAGGAAGCCGUCCUUGAAAGGCAACUUCCUGAACUCGACUUAAAAGUACUGGUUGACCUGCCACCAGGGCUAGAUUAUAACGAAUGGCUAGCCUCACACACAUUAGCACUUUUCGAUCACAUCAAUCUCAUUUAUGGCACUAUUUCCGAAUUUUGCACCAUGACCGGAUGUCCCGACAUGACUGGUCCUGGAUUAAGAACUUAUUUAUGGUUUGACGAGAAAGGGAAAAAGACGAGAGUGGCUGCGCCACAAUACAUUGACUAUGUGAUGACUUUUACCCAACGCACCGUCAGUGACGAAACGAUAUUUCCUACCAAAUACGCGAAUGAAUUUCCCAGCUCGUUUGAGUCGAUAGUACGUAAAAUCCUGCGGCUACUUUAUCACGUGAUGGCCCACAUUUACCACUGCCACUUUCGAGAGGUGGCAUUACUUGGGCUGCAUGUACAUCUCAAUUGUGUUUUUGCCCACCUCACUCUUCUAAAUCAACGCUUUAGCCUCAUCGAUCCGAAGGAAACGGAAAUCCUCGGUGACUUAGAAGCUGCCCUUUUAGGUGAUUCAUCAUCAGCGCCUUCACAAACAACGGCCCUUCAGGAAACUUCAACAACGGCCACGACCACUUAGUGGAUAAUUUCAACAUCAUAGGUUUGCAGUUCCUGAGACUAAGUGAUGCUACUAGUAUGAUUAUUAAUUUUUUUUUUCAAAAAAAAAGAAAAAAUAAAAAAAAAAUUUACAAAAAAAAAUAUCCAGAAAAUUAAAAAUUCUAAAAAAUUGAUUUGCGCGCUUGAUGCUUGCAGCGUGUGAUCCUGUAAAAAAAAAGAAAAGAACGCGUGGAUUAUUAUUGAAGAGAAAAAAAAAAUUUUAGCAAUACCUGUAAAUAUAGCAAAGUGUGAAAUUUACAAUGUAAAUUAGGUUCCUUUGUUUGUUGUUUGUGAAAUUGUAAAUAAUUUAUUAAAUGGUAUAAGAUAUACGAGAGAUGCGAGAGGACAAGAAAAAAAAUACGAACGAUUAUUGUCAAUAAAAAAAAAAAAAAAGUUAAAUAAUUUGUGAAUAGAAAUUAAGUGCGUGUUUUUUGUGUGAAUGUGAAAAUAUUUGCGAGAAAGAGUCAAAUUUGUUCUUGUAUAAAAGAGAGGAAAUAAUGAAAUGAUAAUUAAUAUUGUAAAGUUAAAACUAAACCAAAUAUAUACCUGGUUGUUAAUAAAGACUAAAGGGAUCA